CCCUCUCGUAAUCCCGCUCACAACUGGCUGGAGCUGCCAAGAGGCAAACGCACCGGAGGCGGCAGGCGAAGCAACCAACCCGGCUCCCCCGCCUGCCCGGAGCGUCCAGAGUUGGGACGCCGGCCCUCAGCCGAGGGAAGACCUUUUCCACCCCACCUCCUGUGGGAAGAAGCCGGAGAAGAAGUCCAAGAGAGCGGCAUGGCCGGUGGAAGCAGCAGCAGCGCCUUGUGCUCCGCGCUCUGGCUCUGCGGCGUCCUGUGCCUUGGCAGCGCGGCGCAGCAGCAAGAGGACACCCUCUACAUGUGGAUUGACGCUCACCAAGCCCGCGUGUUGAUAGGCUUUGAAGAGGAUAUUCUGAUUGUUUCGGAGGGGAAAAUGGCCCCAUUCACUCACGAUUUCAGAAAAGCCCAGCAAAGGAUGCCAGCGAUCCCAGUCAAUAUUCACUCUAUGAAUUUCACCUGGCAAGCAACAGGAAGGGCUGAAUACUUCUAUGAAUUCCUGUCUUUGCGCUCAUUGGAUAAAAGUAUUAUGGCUGACCCAACUGUAAACAUCCCUCUGCUUGGAACAGUACCUCAUCAAGCAUCAGUUGUUCAGGUUGGAUUUCCUUGCCUUGGGAAACAAGAUGGAGUGGCAGCAUUCGAAGUGACAGUAAUUAUCUUGAAUUCAGAAGGAAAUAUAAUACUCCAAACACCGCAGAAUGCCAUUUUCUUUAAAACAUGUCAACAAGCUGAAUGUCCUGGAGGAUGCAGAAAUUGGGGGAUUUGCAAUGAAAGGCAUGUCUGCGAAUGUCCAGAUGGAUUUUAUGGUCCUCACUGUGAAAAAGCUCUGUGUACCCCGCACUGCAUGAACGGUGGGCUCUGUGUCAUGCCUGGAUUGUGUAUUUGUCCACCUGGUUUCUAUGGCAUCAGCUGUGAUAAAGUAAACUGCACAGCCACCUGCUUCAAUGGAGAAACAUGUUUUUAUCCAGGAAAAUGUAUUUGUCCUGCAGGACUUGAGGGUGAUCAGUGUGAAAUUAGCAAAUGCCAUCAGCCAUGCCGAAAUGGAGGUAAAUGUACUGGUAAAAAUAAAUGCAAGUGCUCCAAAGGCUACCAGGGAGAUCUCUGUUCAAAGCCUGUCUGUGAACCUGGUUGUGGAUUAUAUGGGAUCUGCAUUGAACCUAACACAUGCCAGUGUCAAGAAGGCUGGCAUGGAAGGCAUUGCAAUAAAAGGUACGGAGCCAACCUUAUGAAUGCCCUGAGGCCAACAGGCACCAAGCACAGGCAGCACACACCUUCGCCUAAAAGGGCCGAGGAGAGGCAAGUGCCCCCUGAAUCUAAUUAUAUCUGGUGAACUCCAACAUCUGAAACGUUUUAUGUUACACAAAGUUCAUAGCCUUCAUUAACCUUUCAUGUGUUGAAUGUUAAAAUGCUGUUCAUUACAUUUUAGGAUUAUUGGCCUACAUUUUACUAGCUUCGUUAUAAACCACUGAGCUGAUAUUUACUAUUCCUUUUAAGUUUUACUUCUCUAGCACAGUUAUGUAGUCUUGUUUUCAGUGCUUUGGGCUGGUUUCUUUUGUACUCUGUUUCAAUUCUUUAUUGACUUAAUUUUUUUUCCUGUAAGAAAUUCCUUAGAACUAAUUGACAAUCUAGAAAGGGAAGAUUUUGAAAAUGCUGGCCUGCAACCCAGUUUUUCCUGGAUUGUGUACAUAAACUUUUUUUUUUUUGGCAUGGUACAGUUUAAAACCAAUUCCCAUUUCUGCAGGAUGCUCUGUAUUAAAUACAAUGUAGUUGUGGCACUGAAACAAUAUAAUAUAUUGGAAACAAAAUGGCUUAUUGGUGCAUAGCAGUUGGCUUAUAGCAAUAUAAUAUAUUGUACACAAAACAGCUCUUAUGUAAUAAACAUUUUUAUACUGAUUGUGAUGUAUGAAAUAAAGAUGCUGCUUUAGC